GAUCCAGGGAUUAGAACUCGUUUGAAUAGGUUUUUAAUGAUCUGAGCCAUGCAGCGAAUGCGGGAGUCGGCUUUGCCUCGACUUCCUGCGCCAUUUUCAUUUUUGUUUUCGCAGAAGAUAGGGGCGUAUCAUUACACCGGUCCCGUCAAGCUGUGGCAUAAAUAACACCAUGUGGUGCCCAGGAAAGUUCCUACUUUUUCUUGCAUCGGUUGUCUGCGUGUCGCGAUGCGCCACGGAAUCGGCGGCGCGGGACAGCGAACUGGCGCAGAAGUUGAACUUGGACAGCCAGCAGCGAAUCAACGAAGGACAGCCCGCCAAGGUAUCUCAGAGUGUUUAUGCGGAGUUCAAAGAGUUCAGCAUACAAGACAUCAAGGAAUACCGGAAAAUGUUCCAAAAGUACGAUAUAGACAGGAGCAAUUUCAUUGAUCACAUGGAAUUGAAGCUAAUGAUGGAGAAAGUGGGAAUGCCCCAGACCCAUUUGGACCUCAAGGCUAUGAUUAAAGAAGUGGACGAAGACAACGACGGUCAGAUAUCCUUUAGGGAGUUUAUGCUGAUCUUCUCGAAAGCUUUGAAGGGGGCAUUGUCGACCGAGGGCUUGCUGUUCAUUGCUGGGUUUGUCACCAUCGACAUGCCCAAUUCGUUCUUUGAGGCGAAAGAGAAAGGACCUGCAAGUAAUGGGUUUGAGAAGGAAAUAAUCCAGGAACAACUUCUUCAAAAAGCCAAGGCAGCCGAGGAGGCGAAAAACAGAAGAGAGAAGUUCAAGGCCCAAGCACCCAAAUUCUCAUAAAUAAAACUCUAUUGUCUGUCGUCACUGUUAAAGACUUGAUUGGAAUUGACUGAACUUGAUUAGGAUUUUAUAGCACGAUGAACACAAAUCCACAUGCUAUAAUUCGGUGAAUUGAAACGACUCAAACUAUCUGAUGGGUGUUAAUGCGUCGUGAUGUGGUGUCCACAGUGGCCUGCUCAGAUGAGGUUAUGUCGUAAAAAUUAUCAUUCGACCUAUAAUAUCAAAGAUGUUUCAACAGAAAAAGAGUUUAUGUGGUAAAAGACGCCGCUGUAAAAGUUGACCAGUAAAACAAUGGACAAUACAGGGCUAUUUGGGUUACACAUUUGAAUAGCUAACGUUUAUAUGAUGUAGGCGGGGUUCAUAUCUUGUUCAUUUCGUGUAACUUUUAUACCUUAUGGAUUUAUUCUUUUCGCUUAUCUAAAAACAUCAGAACAAGACAAUCUAAACACUUUCCACAGUUUUAUUUAGCCAUGUGAAUUCACCCAUAUAUUAUUUGGACAAGUGUUUUAUUUACCCAUCGACCCCCCAGGCUAGAAAGAUAAGUGAACCAUAGAUUUUAUUUUUAUCAUAAAGGAAGAAACUACGACAAAAACAGGGGCAAUAGUGAUUUGUUUUUUCGUUGAGUAGCCGCACGUGGCAUCCAGUCAAUAUCUGACGUCUGGGAUGCUUGUAGUCUGGGAAGUUUCGAACUUAAUGUUCUAAAGCUUCUAUUUCACGUCUUUCUUGCGUUGAGAUAUUUUUAUCUAUUUUAUCGAAUGUCAAUUUUGGAAGAAUCAUCUAGAAAGAGUACUCAAUGAACACGUACAGUAAAAAUUGACUACACAGGGAACAAAUCUACCUCAACCCCCCCGUCGUGCUUUAUAUAUAAAGUAGAGCUCUGUAACCUUUGACCUUUAAGACACUGGUACUCUUUACAGACAGCAAUAAAAGGAAUACUCUUCUUACGCAAA